AUACUCCAUUGAUGUUACACGAGUAUAGUGGGAAUGAUCAACCAUCCAUACCCCGAGUAUUAGUAAUGCUUGAUUGUUAGAUUAUCGAUGCUAUAGACCAUCGAUUAUGGUUCGUAGAAGCCCAUAAUUAAUCAUGUGUUAUCCUAACUUCCAUGUUCUUCAUUAAUUAGGUGAUGGCAUGAAGCGAAAGUAUGAGUAGAGAAUCGCUUUAGAGGAAUGGAUAGAGUGAUAUAAUAGAUGAAUCAUCGAUACAUGUUAUGAUUGAGCCCUAGUAUGCAUGAUAGUAGUCGAGUUUGCUCCCUUCUGCAAUAAUAUAUCUUUAAUUUAUGCAUCUAUAAAUAAAUAAAUAAAACCUAAACAACUUCAUUCUACUUGCAUUACUUUUCUUGUUUGCUACCUAAAUGAAUGGUUUUUUUGAGUAGUUAUGCAUUAGAAGACCUCGAGGAAUUCGACCCCUCGGGCAUCCUAGAAUUUUAUUUUGUGACUUUCUUUAGUUUUGCAGAAUUUUGCAUGAGUUAAAUAAGUACUUGAAGAAAAAACAUGUACAUCAUGCAAGAGAUAGUUUAAGAAAGAGGCGCAUUGAGCUCACCCAUCUUGGAGAUAAAGGAAGGAGCAUCUAGCUCAUGGAAAGAAGAGCCCUCAAGCCACACCACUUUUGAGCAACACUUGGAAGAGGAGGACAAAAUUGACAAAGAAAACUUUGAUUCAGAUAAAGAAGGAGCAUCUUCAACACCAACUAUGACUGGAGAAGAAGGAAAAAGAUAAGUGGCCAUUCCACCUACUCUCUAUGAGUAUUCAAGGACAAGAGCAUCAAACAUCACCUCAAGCAUUGCAGCACCAUGAACAAACGAAGAAAUUAGAACUCAACUUAUCCAGAUGGUGCCAUAAGCUGGAAGAUUUGAUGGAAGGAAUGAUGAUGCUCCACAAGACAUUCUUAGAGAUCGUCAUUGGAAAUCUUUGCAUAAGCAUUUAUCAUGGAGUAAUUUCAACCAUGGAAGACAGAAGAGUCUAAAGACAAGAUAACUCAAUUUCAACAAAAGGAAGGAGAGCCUUUCUAUGAUGCUUGGAGUAGAUUCUAGGAGUAUAUCUAAAGCAUGCCCCCAUCAUGGAUUUACGCCAGAGCAUUGCAAAUUACUUAGCCAAAGGCCUUGAUCGAGAGACCAUAAUGAUGGUAAACCAGUCGGUCGACGGAGAUUUCACAAUAAUGAUGGGAGUACAAUGCCAGGAGCAUUUCAACAAUUACCAAGAAAAUCAAAGAACUAGUUCAAGCAUCCAUCAAUGAUUAAACCAUUGAAAUAUUCCCAAGGAAGGGAGGAUUAUGUCGCCACCCUCUGUGCAUACAUGAAGGAGCUGACCCAAUAGCUAAGAAGGACUUCAAUGGAGCCAAAGAAUGGACCGAUUGCAUCCUUGUUCAUUUGUGAGGCAUGUGGAGAAGAAUUCCAUGACAUAUUUGGCUUUUAUAGCCAAAAAGGGCAAGGACAAUCUGAUAUCAAUUACCAAAAUGAAGGCUAUCAAUGGAGACUCAUUCAGUAGCAAUUGCACACAUUUUAUCCCGAUAUUCUUUAGAUGUUUGAGGAGUUUUCACUCCGCGAGGUUUGGUUUUAUGCUAAGUUGUGCUUGUUUCUAGUGUGAAUCAUAUCCUACCAGGUGGAAUCAACCUUGGGAACGAAAGUUGGACGAAAAAGGGCGAAAAUGGAUCGAAGGGAGGAAUUGGCAGAGGAUCACGAUGGAAGCCUAGUUUUCACGGUCAGCUAGACCGUGAUAAUGGAGGCCUAACCGUGAAGUGCAGAGGAAACAUACCAUCCCGUGCGCCUCACGUGUGUAAAGUAAAUCACAGUCACUCGAUCGUGAUAAUUCCCUCCAAAAUGUGAAGAGCUUAAGUGAAACGACGCGGUUUUGUCCAGGAUCACGAUCCAAGCUUGGAGUUCACGGUCGUAAACUGGGAUUGUGAAAACUUGUCGAUCAAGGUAUAAAAGGGGAGUUGAGCUUAAAAAGAGAGGAAAGCCUAGUGUGAGAAAACUUCUUCUUCCUCAGAUUUGUAGAGAGAGAAGGUGAUGAAUAAGAGAGGAGAAGAAGGUAAGGGUUUCUUCCAAGCUCAAAGAUUUGGAAAUCUCAUUCUCCAAGGUUGAUCUCCACACUAAAUGAAGAAGCCAAAUAUCUCUAGAUGGUCGUUUCUCUUCUACUUUAUGUAUUCCUUCAUUUUAGCAUGGAGUAGUACCCUUCUUUCACUUGGGCGUUUGUGAACCCUAGCGAGAAUCAUGUGAAUGUUUAUAUGGAUUGAAUGAUUUGUGUGUGGUUGUGUUUUAAUGCAAGUAUUGAGGUAUAUUCAUAAAGGUUGUGUUGUACUUUCCAUUCCAACUCUUAUGCCAAUUUGACCUAGGUAGAGGGAAAUCCCCUUCUUGCUAAGAGGCUUUCAAAAGUUGGAACUCCCUGGCGAAAUUGAGCCACCUGCCUAGGCCAAAUUAGGGAAAAACUCAUACUACGUUUUGGCACCUUGGGUAGGUUGUAUUUUGGUCGUCCGGACUAUGGUUCGAGGGAGAAGCCUAGGAAACCCUUAAUCGAUUGGCCAAGAGAGCUACUCGGUAGCUUGAUUUGAUACCCCUUGGCCUAAUGACGGAGAGAGUGAAGCUUCUUCACUUGGUGCGCUUACCUAUAGUUUACAACCGUUUUUACCACACCCUUACAUUUGGUUCAACAAGUAGUGUUAACUUGAGGGGAACAACACUCGGGUGAAGCCUUCUCAAUUAGUGUUCAAAACCAUUUACAUUUCCAAUUGCUUUUAUUUAUAGUCCGUAGUUUUAACCAAAAAUCGAUUGCUAGAUAAUGUUUCAAAUAGUUAGAGUAGGGGUACAUAGACUGACCCGUGUUUGACUUUUAAAACAUACUUGCCCUAUAUUUCACUUGUCUAGAGUUUAUACUUGGGCAAUUGUGCCUUAGUCGAGAUUUAAAUUGUAAUAUUCCAGAUGAGUCAAUUUCUUGGCACCAUUGUCGGGGAACUUCGGUCCAUUAUUUUGAGAAGAUUGUUUGGUGUUAAUCUAGCGUUUAUGUUUGUUUUGUUGAUCAUGAAUGUUACUUGUGUUAGCCGACUUGUAUUUCUUUGAAGUUUGUGCAGGAGGGUGUAUAACCAGGAGUAAUCUGGCACCUUUGGUGCCACUGGACGGCAACCUCAACCGCACUUUUGGACUGUUGGAUCGUGAGAGGGAGCUGGCAGAAUCAAGAAGAAGGAUAGAGGAGAGGGGACAACGACAAGUUGGUCUCGAAGUUGAAGUUGAAGAAGAAGUUGUAGUUGUGAAGGAAGUUGAAACAACGGAAGAGGAAGAAAGUGAAGCCGAGAUGGCGGAGAAUCAAAAUGGUCAAGAGGCUAAUUAGGAACCGCGGACCAUGGGCUAAUAUAUGGCUCCAUGGGUGGCGGAUAUCCAACCGGCCAUUUUGCAUCCACCCGAGACUGCCAACAAUUUCGAGAUCAAGCCCGACCUCAUCACAAUGAUCUUAUUCAACGUCCAGUUCCAGGGGCUCAAGGUUGAGUCUCCAAGGGAGCACAUCUAGAGAUUCAUCAAGAUUGCGGGAAGUUUGAAGAUCAAUGGAGUAUUCAAAGAGGAUUUGAAGUUGAGGUUUUUCCCCUACUCUCUUGCGGUGAAAGCGCUUAGGUGGCUCAACAAUUGACCACCCCUCUCGAUGACCUCAUGGGAAGAAUUGAUCAAUAAUUUCAUGGCCCGAUAUUUUCCACCUUCCAAGAAGACAGAGUGACACAAGAAGAUCAUUGAUAGAGGUACUCUGACUUUUUCCUCUAAUGCCCAUAUCACGGGUUUGGAGAGCUUUUUUGGAUCAAAAACUUCUACGACGGUCUUCUUCUAGAGGAAAAGAUUCUCAUUGACCCUCUAUGUCAAGGGAACUUGAUGAACAAGACUCCACCCGAGAUGACUGCUUUGCUUGAAGAUAUGUUAACGAAGGGGUAUGAUUGGGGUUUGACAAGUUGUGGUAGACGAGGUGCCAAGAGAGGAGUGCACUCCACGGAAACGAGUCUUCCGCUCGUCGCAAAGAUCGACCAGUUGAUAACUGAACUUCUUAAGAUAAGAAGUAAGGGAAGAAGCCGGUGAUGGCGUGUGAUUGGUGUUCGAGUAACAACCAUGAGAUUGCGGUGUGCCAAUUGAUGAAGGAAAAAAGCACCCCAGAAGAGCAAGUGAGAUUCAUUGCCAAUGCUAGGGGAAAAACAACAACCCCUAUGGCAACACUUACAAUUUGGGGUGGCGCAAUCAUCCCAACUUCCCAUGGUCUUCCCCUACAAAUCCAAGAGCCCCCAAUUUCCAAGGACUUACGGGAUUUUUUCAACCAAUGCCUCAUUUCAUUCAACAAAGGCCCAAAUUACAAGGCUCAAACUUCCAACAACAACAACAACAACAAUUCCAACCGCAAGCUGGUCAAGGGUUCCAAUAACUACCCGACAAGUUUGCAAAACUAGAAGACCUAGUUACCAUUUUUGUAAGAACAAGCUCACAGAAGUUCGAGAAGAUUGAGAAAUUCAUGGAUAUAGCAACACACAAGUUUAGUUCAGAUGAGGCAAGGUCUAAGAAGCCAUCAAACAAGUCUUCAAAACUUGGAGACUCAAAUAGGCAAUCUUGCCGGGAUCCUUAUCGAAAGACCGAGGGGAGCUCUACCUAUUCAAACUAUUGCCAACCCCGAGGAUCAAAAUGCCGAUUGAAAUGCUAUUCUCUUGAGGAUCGGGAAGGUAAAUCCGGAUGUUGUUGCUAAUGAGGUAAUUGAAGAAGAAAAGGAAGCUCCAAAGGUCAAUGAGAAAGAACUCUCAGAAGGAGAGGGUGGAGAGGCUAAGAAGGCAUCGCCAACACUAGUAGCUGAGUACGAGCCUCCUCUCCCUUUCCGUACAAGGGUGCAUAAAGACCGUUUGGAGGCGGAGUGUGGAAAGUUCAUGGAGAUGCUCAAGAAGCUCCAUAUCACAAUUCCUUUCCUAGAGAUAAUGGCUUACAUGCCAAGGUAUGCCAAGUACCUGAAGGGGCUUCUUGCAAAGAACCAAAAGUUUGAAGACCUCGCUAUCAUCACCUUGAGCGAGGAGUGCCCAACCUUUAUUUAGAAUUAGUUGGCUAAAAAGCAACAAGAUCCAGGUAUUUUUACUAUCCCUCGUUGCAUCGGAACAUGCCAUAUAGAAAAUUCAAUGACGAAUUUAGGAGCAAGCAUUAAUAUCAUGCCAUUUAAGCAUUAAAAGAAAUUGAACCUA